UUUUUUUUUUUGCAGAUAUAAUUUUGUUUCCUACCUAAAGAUAAUGAAGAACAGUGAAACCUGGUUUUGCAUUUCCUUGUUCAACUGUUGGUUCAUUAUAUAUGUAACUCUUUCAAAAUAAUAAAUAUUGGUCUCUUUCCCCUUAGUCCAUGCUAGCUACUCUUAUUGGCCUUCCAUUGCCCGCACCCUCUUUAUCUUCAUAAAAAAAUCACCCAUCCAUGGAGUCUGCCCAAUUUUCAUGCUUUAUCGUGCCUAAGUUUCAAGCUUUCUGUUUCCUUGUCUUCUCUUUGGCGAUGGCUUUUGUAUUUCUUAUCCUGAAGUAUUUUGUUAUGAGGCCAAGAGUUUGGUGCAAGUGUGUGAUUUGCCAAGCUUAUGUUAGCUCCAGUUGGUCAGUCAAAUUCAAAAACUUGUGCGAUUGGUACACUUAUCUCCUCCAGGAUUCGCCUUCUCAAACUAUUCACGUGCACGUACUCGGCAACAUAAUCACUGCUAAUCCCGAAAAUGUUGAGUACAUACUCAAAACCAGGUUUGAGAAUUAUCCCAAAGGCAAACCUUUUUCGACCAUCCUAGGGGACUUUCUCGGCCGGGGCAUAUUUAACGUUGAUGGUGACUUAUGGAAAUUCCAGAGGAAAAUGGCCAGUCUUGAGCUGUGUCGAAUCUCCAUGAGAUCUUACGCCUUCGAUGUUGUCCAACACGAGAUCGAAAAUCGCCUUAUUCCUCUUUUAUCCUCCUUCGCAGCGGGUAAAGAAGAUCGCGUUCUUGAUUUUCAAGACGUUUUCCGCAGAUUUUCAUUCGAUUGUAUUUGCAGAGUAUCGUUUGGGUUGGACCCCAGGUGUCUAGAAAUAUCCCUGCCUCUUUCAGAGUUUGCUGUCUGUUUUGACCUAGCAUCCAGAUUGUCGGCGGAAAGGGCCAUGACCGCUGCACCAGUUACUUGGAAGGUCAAAAGGAUGCUGAAUAUAGGCAGCGAGAAGGAACUCCGGAAAGCCAUCCAGAUGAUCAACCUACUAGCUAAAGAAGUCAUAAGGCAACGCCGAAAAUUAGGUUUUUCCGAACACAAAGAUCUUCUCUCUCGAUUUAUGGGCAGCGUCACUGAUGAAACCUACUUAAGAGAUAUUAUAAUAAGCUUCCUCCUAGCAGGUCGCGACACAGUUGCCUCGACUUUGACAAGCUUCUUCUGGCUUGUGGCUAACCACCCGGAAGUCGAGGCUGCUAUUCAACGGGAGGCUGAUCGAGUCGUGGGGCCUAAAGAAAAGCUCACCAGCUUGGAACAACUAAGAGAGCUUCAGUAUUUGCAUGCUGCAAUCUUUGAGAGUAUGAGACUGUACCCACCCGUACAAUUCGAUUCAAAAUUUUGCCUGGAGGAUGACAUCUUCCCUGAUGGAACCGCUGUUAAGAAGGGAACACGAGUUACUUAUCAUCCUUACGCGAUGGGGCGGAUGGAAAAUAUCUGGGGUUCCGAUUGCUUAGAAUUCAAGCCCGAGAGGUGGUUGAGAGAUGGCGUCUUCUUCCAAGAAAACCCUUUCAAGUAUCCUGUGUUUCAAGCUGGACAAAGGGUCUGUCUGGGGAAAGAUAUGGCACUUGUGGAGCUCAAGAGUGUAGCAAUUUCAUUGCUGCGAGACUUUCACAUCGUUUUAGCUGAAGCCCAUCAAAGCCCGCGCUUCUCUCCUGGACUUACGGCCACUUUCCACGGUGGUUUGCCGGUAUUGGUCCGAGGAAAGAAAAGCUCCGCCAGCACCGAGUCAACAGUAGCUCAAUAAGAGUAUCAAGCUCGGGUAUUCUCUAGGUGCGCAUCUCUCUAUAACCCUAAACUUGUAAGUAAUCUCCAUUAAGAUUUUAUCUGCAGGUAGAUGGUGGACUCAGGACAGCUAGAUAGCUGUACGUACCGUGAAUUUGUUGAGAAAACGAGAUUCAUCAAGCGUUGGCUGCCUUCGUCGGCUCCAAGUAUGUAUACUUGAUUUUUUUUUUAUCAUGUACAUCCAUUGUGGGGAUAUGGCUGUUGUUUUUGUACUGUACUUUUUGUAUUGGUAUUUUGAUGUUUCUAGUGUAGGAUUAGCUCCUCAGUUUCUGUACCCCAUGUCCCCUAUAUAUAUAUAUGUUUCCCGAAAUUGUGGAGGACAAAAUUGUACAUUAAUUGGUAGAACUCAUUAUUGUCAUUUCGCAGUUCAUAAAGCAAUUGAUUCCACCCUCAA